CGCUUUCGGGCAAGCUCGCAAGGGAGGGGGCCUAGUGUACUAGCCGUCGGGGCUGCUCUAAAUUUAAAUCGCGCCGUUUUAAACGCAUUUCACUUAAUUAUUAACUAAUUAGGAGUUGAUUAGAUCGUCAUAAGUGUUAGUUUGCCUCGUUUAACCCGUCCAAGAGCGUGAAAGCGAUGAAUCGCGUUCAUUGAGCGGUUUCCUGGCGCGCGUCGACAUUUUCCUCCAGUUUUUCGUUCGGCCACCAAAAUGACGACAACGAGGGCUCGCAGUGCUGGCUUCGAGUGAUUUUGUGACGUGUUCGUGCCGUUUUUACGCGAUGAUUAAGUAGGACUCAGACUGGAGAUAUUGAUUGAGGUGGUACGACGCUGGCAAUUCGAAAGCUGCCCCGAAUAAAUCAUCCCCGACGAAAUGAAAUCCAUUCUGCUCAUUACGCGCCACAGGAAGGUCUUGUACAAGAAAUUCGAGAAUAGGUGAUCAUGCUUUCAUACAGGACGACAUCCCAGAGCUAAUCUGGUAUGCAGUGGCGGAAAUUGGCGCGCUCGAAGAUCACAUCCGGUCGUUCGCGCACGCGCAAUAUGCUCUGCUGUGGUCGCAGGAAGGAUAAUGGGCGAGAGGCUUUGGAUCUCACGGCCUCUCCGCUGCGAGCGCCCCCGGCCCCUAAUAACCGGACCAACCAUCCGCCCAUGGUCAUUCAGGGAGACUUCAGAAAGGUGUCGGGAAUCAGUAGUGACAUUUUCAAGCAGAUAGAAGCCGUAGAGAACGAUCACGAUGCUUCAACCGCGGCCGCCUUGGAGCACGUGGAGCGGCUGGGCGAGAUGAUCGUCCGGAUCCUGGACGCGCGCCACCUGGGCCGAUCGGCUGGAGAUGCGGCGAAGCGCUUCCUGGCAAUGCAGGACGCCAAACACACGGUGCAGUUUGUGGAGAUCGUCAAGAGGCCCGGCCAGACCCUGGGCCUCUACAUCCGGGAAGGCAACGGCAUCGACAGGAACGACGGCGUGUUCAUAUCGAGGAUAGCUCUGGAGUCGGCCGUCUACAACAGCGGCUGCCUGAAGGUGGGCGACGAGAUCCUGGCGGUGAACCUGGUGGACGUGACCCACAUGAGCCUCGACGACGUGGUCAUCAUAAUGUCAAUCCCCCGUCGCCUGGUGCUCGCCACCCGGCAGCGCAAAGGCAGCAAAGGAGGCCAAAGCUCGCCGAACGUACAGCCCCGAUCCGAACACAAACCCCCUCCCGUCGUUGUGAUAAAGCGCGACUUACGCGAAGACGAAACCGACGAAGGCGACCUCGGCCAGCACAGGGAACCGAUGCGCCAGAGGCACACCGGCGACGGGCGCGAGAUGAGCGAGUCCAGGUCCCGCCUCGGCCUCGGCCUCCCUUCCAUGGACUCGCGGCACUCGGCCCAGGACAGCAACGGCCUGGACCUGUACUACAACUCGCGCCCGCCCGACUCCAACUGGGGCUACCAGCCGCCGCCGCCGGUCAUCACCGAGCAGCCCAAGUCCAGCAUGCAGCACUUCCAGCCCUACGAGCGCAACUACCCCAACACGCUGGAGAGCCUCGCCGAGAAGGUGCACUCGUUCGCGCUGCCCGGGCGCCGGAUGUCGGCCGGGGCGCAGCCCCUGCCCUCCAGAUUGUCAUCACAGCAAAGCCCUUCAUCUCAUUAUUACGUUCAGCACACCGGAACGGGCAGUCGCCGCAUUAUGCCCCGUUCCGGGUCCGAUCAGCACCUCCCCCACACGGAAUACUCUGAUUAUACCAGUAUCACCCAAGCUGGCAGACACAGCCUUUUAAGAUCUAGCCUCAAAUCUGGGUCAACUCUUAGCAGGUACAACCAGAGAUACGUGGACCAAGCGGCUGUGGCUGCGCAGAUGGGGCAAGCCAAGUACGCCUCGGCGGGGCAGUACGCCACCAGCAGCGCCCUGUCCAGGAGGAACAGGAGCAGUCUGGACUACUCCAGCGACACGGAGGCUACCGUCGGGCCCAGGAGCAGCUACUACUACUACAGGAAUCAGAGUUCAGUUCCUCACAGUACAAUCCCCACAUUAGGAAGGCAGAAUUCGCUCACAUCCGCCGACAUUACAACAAAAUUCAACUCUCUCCCCCGUGAUACGCGAGCCUCAACUAGAUUGGCCAUGAAUAAAAGAUUCGGAGAUAGGAACGUCGCUCUUUUGCAAGAUGAAUCGGACGGAGCGCUCUCCGCACCCGAAAUGCCUUCGAUACGAAGGGACCGGGGGCGGAUACCCGCGUCACCUAGUGUGUUCACUUCAGAUGAGUACAGACAGUGGCUGAGCCGCACGCCGUCCACGUCGGCUAUUUACGAGCAGAUCAGAGCGUCCCGAGACGUCCUGAACCAGCAAAGGGCCGCCAGGUUCACUUACAGCGCCGAAAACAUCCACGAUGCACUCAAAAACAUUGAAGGGGGCUACUACAGCUCGUACAGCCGGCCCGGCACUACAUCAACCCUAGACAGACAUUUCACACGAUCACAACAUCCCUCAGCCCCCGCCCGAUCAUUAUCAACGCAACACAUUACCUCAUCUUCACCGUUGAGUUCGUCGCGGUCGCCUUCCAUGAGGCGCAUGAGGCAGCUCCUCGACCUCGACUCGGUGAGGUCGGGGGCGGCGCCCAGCCCCGUUCCUACGCCCAGCGGCACCCUGCCGCGGGGGCACAGACAGUUAGAUAUUAAUCCGGCGGAGUUUUUGAAAUACAAAAUUGAGAAGCCGGGGCUUCCGAGUGCCGGGACGACGAUCCCGGGGCUGGCGGCGCUGGGGACGGGCGCCGGGUUGGGCGCCCUGACGGACGAGCCCGUGAGUGGCAUGCUGUGGGUGCAUCUGCUCGCUGGAAGGGGGCUGAGGCCCUCCACGGGGACGUCGGCCGCCACCACGCCAGUCACGCCCAGUGGGACCUCGCCCAGUAUUACGGGUCCGACCGGUUUGCGUGAUUUGUACUGUGUCCUGGAAUGCGACCGAGUCCAUAAAGCGAGAACAGUGGUAAGGACAGGCGAUUUAGUGUUCGACUGGGAUGAAAGCUUCGAAUUGGAUUUGGUCAACAACAGAGAACUGGACCUGUUAAUCUACUCGUGGGAUCCGCAAUACCGACAUAAAUUGUGCUAUAAAGGCUCGGUAUAUUUACCAACUCUCCUAAAAUCCGGACCGAUACAUCAGCUCGCACUUAAAAUCGAGCCGCGGGGCACUCUCUACUUGAGACUGCGACACACCGACUCCCAAACUCUUUACAGACGCAAGCCGUCGUCGAGCUUGGCCCUGUCGCGGACGGCGCCGCUGUUCGGCGUCGACUUGGAGACUGUCGUGAAUCGGGAGAGCAAAACUGGGGGGGUCCCGGGCGGCGUGGCCACCGGGUUAGUUUCUAGCACUCAACAAAUUCCUAUAAUUGUAAAGCGAUGCGUAGAGGAAGUAGAACGAAGAGGUUUAGAUAUCAUAGGUGGUUUAUAUCGUCUUUGCGGAUCAGCAACAAAGAAACGUAUCCUUCGAGAGGCCUUCGAACGCAACAGUCGAUCAGUAGAUUUAAGCCCCGAUAACGUCCCCGACAUUAACGUGAUAACGGGGGUGUUAAAGGACUAUUUGCGGGAACUUCCAGAACCGCUCUUCACCAAAUGCCUAUACCAGAUGAUGGUGGACGCCCUCGGCGUCUGCCUUCCCGACGACCCGGAAGGCAACGCCAAGCUCAUGUUCUCCAUCCUGGAUUGCCUGCCGCGGAUCAACAGAGCCACUUUGAUCUUCCUGAUGGACCACUUGGCUCUAGUGGUGUCGGCGUCCGACAGGAACAAGAUGUCUGCUCAAAACCUGGCGACCGCGCUCGCGCCGCCUCUCAUGCUGCAGUCGAGUGACACUCUGACGCCGACUGGGAAGAGCUUCGAGCUGGACUACCACCAGCCGAUCAAUGUCCUCAAGUACCUGCUGCAGAUCUGGCCCACGCCCAAGCAUCACUCAGGUCGUCGCGGCAGGCCACCCGGGCCGCGUGGAGACAAUCGCAGUGCGUGUCCUCAGGGACUGCAGCCGCAGGUGCGAGAGCAGUCUCGGCUCUCAGCGGCUCCGUUUCCUCCUCCUCCUCGCUCAGCAGUCUCGGGCCCGCGAGGCCCACAGCCACAGGGCCCAUCACUCCAGAUACUAGGCCAAUCAUCAGCAAGCAAAGGUCCUUACCGUCCGCUCUCUCCACGAGUCGGCCCACCAGCAGCGGCGGCCGGCCUCAAGCCUCGUCAGGUGAUAGUCUCUUCUCCAGGUUCGCCAAGCAGCAGUAGCGAUUCGCAAUCGGGUUCCGACUCCGUUAAACACUGCCUGCCCAGCCGUGUAAGUUCGCCGGCCAUCCGCGCCUCUCCAUCCACCCAGACGAUGAUCCUGCGGACCUCCCCCUCGGUCACCAUCAGCUCCCCCGGGCUCCGCAACUCCCCCUCGACCACCUCCGUCAACUCCCCCGGCCCCCGCAACUCCCCCUCCGUCUCCAGUCUGAGCCGCGCCUCGCCCUCCAUCCUGGGCGGGAGCGUGUCCCGCUCCAGCUCGCCCGCCAUGCAGGCCUCCUCGGCGGGGCUCAACGUGACCCUGGGCACCACCACCCCCAGCUUCUCCACCCUGAGCAGCACCAGCACCACUGCGAGCUCCAUGUUCGGGGUGAACUUCGCCCCCACGACCUACGCGAGCACCAACCCCUUCCUGACGGGGGCGUACUUGAAUUACACGCCGGGGGAGAUGAGCUUCGGGGAUAAGUUCAAUACUAUUGGGGGGAUGAAGGAGACCAAGUCGUUUUUCGACAGUUAUUCGACGAGCAAGUCGAGCUUUGAGGCUUCGGAGUCGAUCUUCGCAAGUGACACCAAAUACAACACCAUUGGGAGUAAAUAUCCAGAGAAGACGAGUUAUUUGAGCACCACGUAUAGUUCCGAGUUGAAGUAUAGUCCAGGGAAGGAGGCCAAGUCGGGGAGCAGUUACGAUACGAGUCCGAAUGUGACUCAGAGCAACUCGUCGGCGUUGCUGAGCAUUGAGGACACGCCGACUCCAACCAGCAGUAUUGAGACUGAGGAUAGCAAUACUAGAGAGGUUGGUGAAAAGGAUGUGGAAGGUGACGGUGAACAAAGCGACUGAAUCCAUAGCGCGGUUUGGGCACAAAACACUUUUUAUUGGUGGCAGCACUGUAUAAAAGACAAAAUUCUUAGGGUAAUCACCAUCGAUGUAAUUUACCAUUUGAUCACAUGAUGACUAUAAAUACGAAACAAAAAUCGGUUAGGAUACAAUAUAUGUACUUGCUUAUUAGAAUCAAAUUAAAUAGGAUCAUUGUUAACUAAUAUUUAAAUUAUAUACGAUAUACAUAUUUUAGUUGGUAGAUUAAAUAAAUAUUUAUUGAAUAGAGAGGUAUCUAAGUGGAAAAAUCUAGACAAAUGGUUGUUGCGUGUUGCACAAUUUUAUCGGUUUAUUAUUUCAAAGUGUGAUAUAAUCACCCCUUGUUUUCGAGAUUGAUGUUAAUUGAGUUGAUUUUUUACUUGAAUAAGUGACAACAAACUUGCAAAGCAGGCACAAUUCUAAAUCCAGCGAAAAUUUACAACAGACUUUCAAACUGCGAAAGGUAUCAACAACGUACGGCUUUUCAAGGAAAAAUUCUGACUUUUGCUUCGCAAGACUGUCGAAUUAUAAAUAAAAGUUCACAGAAAACCUAAAUUUAUGGUGUCAACAAACGAUACUUUUAACUUUUCCGCUUUAUUUUUUUAAUAUACGGGGACAUUAAAAUUAAUCUGUUCAUUUGCAAGUAUUUAUUUAAGUAAUACACAAAGUAGAGAAAAUUUUUGUCGCAGCAAAAAUAUUGCAUACGUUUCUUACAAAAAUUUUAAUACUAUAGUAAUUAGUCAAAAAUAAAUCGAGAUAAUAAAUAAAUAGCAAGUCUAUUUUACCAUUAAAUCUAACAUAAAUCAUAUUCCACUUAAGACGUAAGUUAAAACAAAAUUUUAAUUAAUAAAAAACCAACAAGAGUUGGUUAUUGACGGUUAUUAACAACUAAGAAAUAAAUAUUACUACCUUUCUUCCAAAAUAUGUAUCCGAUUUUCACUUAUUUUGGAACAAAGGUAGUAAUAAACAAUUAAAAAAAACGGAAUCAUCUUAAAAAUUAAAAAAAAAUUAAUACUGAAAUAUUGAACACCCUAAAUUUCUGUGCUCACAUUUUGUUUAACCUUUGAAAAUAACAAUCUUAAAUAUUUUGUGAUAUAAUUACAAUCGGAUGCUACUGUUAUUAACUUAUUAGUUUAAUGCUGAAUAUAGUGUUUAUCCAAAGUGAGUUUAAAGUAUAUAACGCAUAAAGUUCAUGGCCCACUUUUCAAAAAAAAAUACGAACAGGUCAAUUUUAUGUUUAUAAAUACCUACUACUACAUUUUAACAUUCUGGUAAGUAUAAAAAAAUAAAGUAAAAUAAUUCAAAAAACAAAUUAAAAUAAAUUUAAAAGCUAUCGAUAUAAUUUUACCCAAAGAGCUUAAUUUUUUGUUCUAAUCUUAUUUUGUAAGGUAUAAUUGUUUUCUAUUAUUUUGUUUAUAGUGUUUAUGUUUUAUAUUAAGAGAUUUAAGACUAGAUAUUAAAAAAAAGUAAAGUACAAUCGCCCUUUAUGAAAUAAAACAACAAAAACAUAAAGCCUUUUGUUCAUUUUCUAUUUCAUUUUUUUAUUAUUACAAGAAAGAUAAAGGAGUAUAUUAUAAAAGAAGUUGGUAGUCAUUAAAAAAUGACAUCAUUAUUAAAAAAACAAAGACGUCAUAAAUGGUCCUGUGGUGUCAAAAUGUAAAAUUUACAAAAAUAAAAUAACCUGUUUGAAAGUUUUCCGAAGAAUUUUCCGAAAAUUGAAAAAUGACCCAUGACAACCAUAUAUUUUAUGUGUUACCUACUCGAUUUAUGAGGUUACUACAAAUUAAUUUGCAGAAUUAAAAAUAAAAAAUAUAACAAAAUAUAAAAAUUAACAUGAGAGCUUUAAAUUCUUUUUUUAUUUAACAAUUUUCUCUUAAAAUUCCUGUCAAUUUUAGUAAAACCGCCCUUAAUGAACACCUCCCAAUAACGGACACCUCAUCACACACUGAUUAGUGGACAACUCUCAACAACGGACAAUUAAAUAUUCCCCAUCGGUGUCCGUUGUUUGAGGGUUAUACUGUACAAAAACUCGAACAUUAAACAUAAACCCAACCUAAAGUAAAAAAAAUAAAUUCGUAGGGACCUUAACUAAAACUUAAAAAAAAUGAUUAAAGUCUCGGUUUACACCAGAAAUCUUGAAUAAAUGAUAUCUUUAGUAAUUCCUGUGUCUGAAAUAUUUUUAUAAAAUCAAUACUUUAAAACACUAAUUCUUAAUUUAAAAACGGCAAAAAUUUCCAAUUUUCGAACUUGAAGUCAGAUUUAUGGUCGUUGGGAAUUCGGUUUUUAAAGCUGAGAAAUUCCCAACUGACAAUUUAAAUUUAGUUUUAAAAAAGCAAUCAUUCCUUGAAAAAUCGUUUUGUGACACCUGUGGCGAACUGAAAGCCCAACUUGGAACUUUUGCAUUCGCCGGUUUUGGAGUUGUGUCGUUUGCCCUUGUUGCCUAGACUAUAAUAAUAAUUGCACAAAGAGUAAUAUAAAGAAGAAUAAAUUGUCACUGCCAUAAACCGUAUAAUUAGGCAGAUUCCAUCUAGAGUUUAGAGCCAUUUGUACGCGAAAUCAGCUCCCACUCUGUAUCGUGUAAACGAAUAAUAUCAUCCUGUCAUUUGAUCCCUUUUUGUAAAUUCUUAAAAGUGUACAUAAAUACUAAACUGACUGGUGUGUCUUUUAAAAACUGUUCAUUUCACUUUAUUGUUGGUGCAUUUGUAAUUUAUCAAUGUACAGUUUUGUUACCUUGAUUGCCAUGCAAGAAUUUAUUAUUUCUAGUGUAUCGACGUUGUUUUGUUGCCAAUAAAAUGUUUAUGGAGAUUUCGAUCAGUGUUGUAUAUAAUUUUAGUGUUUUGUAUAAAUAUUUGUAUGGCAAUAAUCGAACUUCGAAUCACGGCGGGUCCACCACCUCUUCCAACUAAUCACUGUACAGUCGUGGGCCGGCCACCGCCUCCCGGAGGCUACUUUCCAAAUUAUUUUGCGGUGCUAGACGCAUGCAGGUAAUAGGUUUUGAUGUAAAUGCACACAUGGGUGUGCGGGCCCAUAUCAAAUAACCCCGCCACCCCGCCUAAGUAGUAAAUGUGGCUAAAUUGUAUAAUAUGUUAGAUGAGACAAGUGUGCUGUGGAGAGCGAUACUCUAGUCAAUUUUCAGUUUUGUCAAUUUUAGAGCAAGUAGUUAAAUUAUUAGGAUGUUGGAUGCACGCGGCUAUAAGCAGGCUGGGGCGGAAAGGCGCUUUUCGCUGCGGGAAGUCCCCAAGUAAGGCGAAUGCGAGUUGUAUGCACAUAUCAUUAUAGAAUUUAUACUUUCCUACAUGACUGGGUUUAAGAAGUGUGUACAAUAAUUACGUCAAGCCUCGACCAUUACACCCCUCAUUUAGCUGAAGAAGCGGUUCGUGGAAUAGACGAUGCAAUAUGUUACGCUACAGGGUUCUUUUUUUACAAAUUUCUACGCCGACGGUUUUUUUAAUCAAUUCGUUCGAUCCAAUAUUUCACGAACUUUAAUCAUUCCUCUCCUAUAGAAUAUUAAAUUGUUAUGUAUACAACGUAUAGUCAGGAAUAUUUCUACGCAUUUCACCCCACUAACCACAUUUCUGACAACCAGGCUGAAUUCAAACGAACGGAUCAAAUUUUUUCACACUUGUUUCAUCGACGGAAUUUGGGAAAUGUCCUAGAAAUAUUUCUGAAGUAUAUAUAAAAAAUAUAGAUGUUAAAACUAAACUAUAAAUUAUCAGUAUUUAAUAUAGCUUCUCAAAUGGCUAGACCCUCCUAAUAUGUACUACAAAAUAACGAAUAAAUAAAUCAUUCAGUUGA